AUGCUUCUCAAAGGUCCGGAUCUACUAGUACCCCUCGCAGCGGUGCUCUGCGGUUUUAGGGAGCGUUCGGUAGCAGUUUGUGGAGAUUUGAAACAAAUGUUUCACCAGUUCAGAAUACGCCAACAAGAUGUACACAGCCAGCGCUUCCUCUACCGUGAACACCCAUCGUUACCGGUGAAAACGUUCGCGAUCGACGUUGGUAGCUUUGGAGCCACAUGCUCUCCAUGUCAAGCGCAGUAUAUAAAGAACAUGAAUGCUAAAGAGCACGAAGCCGCUUUCUCCCGGGCUGCGAUGGCCGUACUGAGGAAACACUAUGUAAAUGACUACCUCGACAGUUUCGACACGGAAGAAGAGGCAAUUAAGGUUGCUUUGGAAGUUAAGGAGAUACACACACGUGGAGGGUUCGAGAUAAGGAAUUGGCAUUCGAAUUCGAAAACCCUGCUGCAACGGGUCGGAGAGUCAAAUCAACUACAAGCGAAGGUUAUAAGCGUCGCCGCGGAAAGUGAAGCGGAAAGAGUGCUGGGUCUACUGUGGCUGCCCGAAGAAGAUGUCCUGGCUUUCACAGCCGAGCUGCAGUUGGACGGAAUCUCUCCGUCGAAGCGGAAUAUCUUGCGCAGUGUUAUGAGCUUGUUCUACUCCCAAGGGCUGCUAUCACACAUUACCGUGCAAGGUCGAACGAUUAUCCAAGACACUUGUCGCAGCAAAGCCGAGUGGGACAACGAGGUGAUUGAAACGAUUUGGACACGCUGGCAAAAAUGGAUCACACUGUUCAACGGUGUGGGCCGGAUCAGACUACAAAGGGCAUAUUUUCCCGGGUUUUCAGCCGCAGAAAUCGGGCCAAUUGAACUACACGUCUUUACCGACGCCAGCGAGGAAGCUUACGCGUCUACUGCUUACUUCCGGGCAGUGAUAAACGGUAACGUAUACGUCACGCUAGUUACGGCUAAGGCAAAGGUGGCACCAUUAAAGACCUUAUCAGUACCUCGCCUGGAGCUGAUGGGUGCUCUGCUAGGGGCAAGACUGGCAAAGGCAGCCUGCGAAUAUCAUACGUUUCCUAUUUGUCGACGAAUAAUGUGGACUGAUUCAGAAACAACCCUGGCUUGGAUUCAGUCCCAACACUGCCGUUACAGACAAUUCGUAGCCUUCAGAGUAGGGGAGAUCCUUAGCAAGACGGAAGCAAUCGAGUGGAGGUGGCUCCCUUCACGACACAAUGUAGCCGAUGAAGCCACCAAAUGGGGAAAAGGUUCCAGUACAGAUGUCCAUUCGCGUUGGUUUCGCGGUCCCGACUUCCUAUACUUGCCGGAAGUGGAAUGGCCGAAAAGGACAUCAAAGAAACCGCCGAAGACGGAGGAAGAGCUGCGGUCUUGCUUAAUACAUCGCGUGCUGAUCGUCGAUGACGUGAUCCGUUGGAGCAUCUUCUCCAAGUGGGAGCGUGUGCUGAGAGGGGUAGCUUACGUCCAUCGCUUCGCAGUUAACUGCCGUCAUCGAAUUCAGAAGCAGCCACCAGUGGCGGGUAUCCUGAAUCAAGAGGAAUUGCAGAGGGCUCAGUAUACUCGGACGAAGUAG